CCUUUCCCUUCUGUUUACAUUUCCCAGAGAUAUUUUCAGGUUGACUUACCAUAUUUCGACUGUUUAUGGGUUCUUCGUUUGGACACAAUUAUUUUGUUUGGAUGAUUGAUCAUAUUUUAGUAAAAGUGGAUUGGAUAUCCACGGUAUCCAUCACAACUGGGUUUUAUUUUUCCCCUCCUUUUUAUAAGGUUCAACUUUUCAAUGUGAAUUCCUUAUGUACAGAACAAUAUUGAAAUUGGGUUUUUAAGUUUUGAUUCCGCAUCGAUGUCAUGUUUUCCUAGUUGCGUAUUGGUUUUCUUUUUACAAUUGUAGUUGCUUCUUGUUCUAGCUCUUAGUGUCUCUAUCGGGACUUUAUCGUAUUGUUUUUAAACUUUAGUUUUGCUUUGAAUUCUUUUUUGAGUUUCGCUUUACCCUAUCGCCCGUGGCUUCUUGUUCUAGCUCUUAGUGUCUUAAUUGGGAUUUUAGCGUAUUGCUAGGCUUUAUUUAUUUAUUUAUUUAUUUUACAUUAGUUUUGAUUUGAAUUCUUUUUCGAGUUCCUAGCUUUCUCCUAUCGCCCGUGGUUAGCGAGGAACUAGACAAAAUUGAUCCAGAUUGAUGCAUUGUUUCAUUGCGGUGUUUCAAUUAGAUAGAGUUGAACUCAUUAACCGAGUCAAGAUAAAACUGGAUAUGUGAUUCAAUUAGUUGAUAUACCGUUUCUCCGUUUUCUUUGGGAACACCUGUGGUUGCAAGCUUCGUGUACGUAUCUGUUUUAUUCUAUGGGGAUUGGGAUUUUUCUGUAUAAUAUGAUAUGUAUGUACCUAUAGUAUAUAUUUGUACAAUAACUCUUUAGGAGCUGAGCUAAGAUGAGCAUCAUUUGUUUGGGCUUGGCUCAUCCAUGUAGAAGAUCAUGAUAAUUGCUGAGCUGAGUUGAGACAGAUGUCACCUGUUCAGACUUGGCUCAUCUAUGUAGAAGUAGAAGAUCAAGAUAAUCACUGUUCAUAGAGCUCUUUUAGGUCAAUGGAUGAAUUUCUGUUCAUCUCAUGAUUAUGCUGUCAUUUUUUGUCCAUUCGAAAUUUCUGGCUUUACUCGGAUGGCAUUAUUGCACAAUCAUUCUUGGUUGAUCUAAGACUUUUUGGCCUUCUGUAGGGGAUUUGUAGACACCUUUUUCUUCACUCUUUUCUUUUUUCUUCUUUUUUCUUUGAUUUUGUUUUUGUGAGGUGGGCAUGGUUUAUAUGAAAUCAGUGUGUUGUUAUCCAUAUUUCAAGCUUGCAGGAAGGAUGUCUAUUUACUUCAUCACCUCUUCUCAGUGAGACAAAGUCAAGUAAAUCUGGUGCCUAUGGGGCGGUUGCUUUCUCAUAUGGAAAUGGUCUUGAUGCAUCGAAUGCUCCAGGGAUGUCUGAAACUGUGGGUUAUCACCCACCUUUUUCUGUACCCGAGAACCUACUUCAUAGCCUACCUCCAUCAGAGAAGCUUCAUCAGAUAAUGUCCAGAACAGCUCUCUUUGUGAAUAAGCAUGGAGGGCAGUCGGAGAUCAUCCUGAGGGUGAAGCAAGGAGACAAUCCAACAUUUGGUUUUUUAAUGCCUGAUCAUAAUCUUCAUCCAUACUUCAGAUUUUUAGUUGAUCAUCCAGAAUUGUUACUAGCUGAUACAGGCAGUGCGAAUCUUCAAGAACCUGCUCAGAAGGCAGAUGCUGUGGAAGAUAAUACUGUUUCAGCAGGUGCUCUCUCAUUGCUUGGAUCUAUGUAUGGUAAUGAGGAGGAGGAGGAUAGAUCCCAAAAGGUUGCUUCUGAUACCAAAAGUUUGUUGUCGCCUGAAGUUGCUGCUGCUGCAAGUGUCAGCUGUUCUGAUUCACCAGAUGCGCAGGAGCAUUCUGCUGAAAUCACUAAGAAAAAUGAGGUAGCUACAUCCAUGAUUAGUGAUAAGAAAAAAUUCCUCUCUCCUGAGAAGAAAAGCACUCCAGUUGAAGUCCAGACAUCUGAUGUACAUGGAAAGAAGCGAGUGCCUGAAGUCCCAAAGACAGCUUUUGCAUCCACCAGUAACCAUCAAGCACUGGCUUCAAGUAUUCUAGAAGAUAACCUUCCAAUUUUGGAGCCACCAAAUUUUCUCAAAAGUGCUGUGGAAAAGGUUGUUGAGUUCAUUGUGAGGAAUGGAAAGCAAUUUGAAGCAGUUCUCAUAGAGCAGGAUAAACCACAUGGGAGAUUUCCAUUUCUUCUGAAGUCUAACCCAUUUCAUCGUUAUUAUCUAAAGGUUCUUCAAGAAGUACAAGAGUCCAAGACUUCUGGGAAGAGUUCAAAAACUCGGAAACAUGAUCCAGAAGGGCAUUCAAGUGGCAGUAAAAGAAUCAAAGAAGUUAGUAAGUCAAAAGACUCUGAUGAUUCACAAAAUGGUAGAUCUAUUGGUAGAGAAUCUGCUAUUGCUGGCCAAUCGAUAGUUGCAUCUGAUUUAGACAAGAAAGAGAAGUUCAAGAUGGUAAUUGGUGGGCCUUCUUCAAAGAAGGACACAUCGGAUCAGUCUUCUAAACCAGUGCAACGUCAUUGUGGCAUGAGUGUUGAUGCAGCUGCUGAAAUAGUUUUAGCAGCAACAAGGGGUCUUAGGAACCAGAAAUCAAAUGUUUCCAUGAGCUGCUCAAGUAUUCUAGAGAAUGGUGCUCAAACUGCAACUAAUGUUAUGCACCAAACAAAAAGUAUUGGCAGCCAUUCUAUUUCAUCUCAUGGUCAUGAUUCCCACACUAAACCAAAUUCAGAUAUGGAGUCUGGCAAAAUUCCUUCUGGAUAUGCAUCUGGCAUGAAAGCUAUUGGCAGCGGUAAUGUCUUAGCUGCAAAAGCCAUGGCAAAAACUGCAGCUCUUGCGGCGGCUGAUGAGGCAGACUCUUCUGAAGCAUGUUUAACCAAGGCCGAAAAGCAGAAAGCAGAAAGGUUGAGGAGAGCAAAAAUGUUUUCAGCAAUGCUGAAAAGUGACAGCCAUCAGAGUACUGGGUCGAUACCUCGUCUGUCACCACCACUUUCAAAUUCAGGACUUUCUUCUGGUAAACUUGCUCCACUAGGCAAUCUUCCACAAGUUGCUGCUCAACCAACCACCUCAGUAGCAGAGCCUGUGGAUGCCAUGUACAGAGAACUUGAUGGUAGCAUAGUUUUGGUUGAUGGUGAUCCUUCUACGAUGAAGUUGGAGUUGCAGGGGAAAGAUUCUGCUGGACAGUCUGAGGAGAGAUCAACAGAGAAGCAGCAUUUGGGGUCCAAGAGGCACGACAAAGACCCCAGUGGUCAUAAGCACUCGAGGAGUAAGCACCGAAGGAAGGAAUCAUCUCGAUAUGAUGAAGAGGAUGACUCAGAGGAAUCAGAGGAAGAUUCUUACGGAAAAAGGUCAAGGUACAGGUCCCAGGAGAAAGACAGAUCAAUAUCUGGAAAGCAUGACCAUGAAGAUCUGGAUGAACAUAAGCAUUCAAGGAAGAGGCAUCGGCACAGUGGAUCGUCACAGCAUGCUGAAGAAGAUAACGAUGGUGGCCAUUCCUCACACAAAGACAGGGAAACUGAAUCUAGACACAAGAGCAAGCAUCACAGGCACUCUGAACGCAGGCAUCGACAUCGACAUGAAAGCAGAGCUGAAAGCACGAGUAGGCCUGAAAAGCAUAGGACAAAAUCCCAUUCAGAAAGAGAGGUAGACGAUAAUGCUAUAUGCAUAACCACAGUGGAUAAUGAUGGUACAACAUUAUCUUUGAAUCACCCCAAUAAUUUGGAGGCACAAGACAACUCCCAUACUGUUACAGAGGUUUCUGACGAGCUAAGACAAAAGGUCCGAGCGAUGUUGUUGGCCAACAUGUAAUUCACAUUCCGUGCACGGUCAUUUUAUUUCCAGAUGAUCGUGCUUUAUUCUUUAUUGUUGUAGAUCUAUGCAAAAGUUGAUUACAAUUGUACUUUAGUUUCUCCUGAUAGUAUUACUUGUUGCUGUCUCA